UUCAGAUCUCGUAAAAAUCGUAAGUGUAAUCAAAGAUUCUUCAUGGACAUUCAAAGCAAUACAUCACCUGAACCAAUCCAGGAUGAAAGCGAAAAACUGUUGGAAAGCUCAUCAAAGCAGAUGGACACUGAUGAAUUGCGAAGGCAGUUGCAGUUAUCCCAAAAGCGUGAAAAUUUGGCUAAUCUGAGAUUGACUGUUAAAGAGAAGCAAUUACGCGAUUUGUUGGAUGAAAAUGAAUCGAUGAAACGUAAUGCCAGCGAUGAGAAUAAAGCAGACUGUACAUUUGUUGAUCAAGCAGUUGGGGUGAUGUUCUCAGCAAUGCGUGAUGAAAUUCGUAAAGCCCGUAAAGAUGCUAAGUUGGCAACCCUUGAAUUAAGGGCUCUCAAAAAUGGACCAGAAAGCAGUGAUGCGAAGGCUUUAGCUGCACUGUGUAAAAAACUAGAGAAAGAGAAUGCCGAACUUAAAAAUGAGGCAACCAGAACAACUCGUUUAGAAACUGUGUUGAGCUACUGUCGAAAAACUGUUGAAGGUUUGAGAAAGCGAUGUCGAGAUUUUGGCGAUAUUUUGGGGGAACGUGAUGAAGAAAUAAAACGCUUACAAACAGAAUUAGCCCGUGCUCAUGAAGAAAAUACGCGAUUGCAGAAAAAUGCAGGUGGUACUCGAACAUUACAAGUACAAGGAGAUAACCAAAUUUCCGGACAACACGGUAUUGUAGACGGCGUAGAUCAUCAUGGCAGUGUCAGCGUUGUUAUUAAUGAGAACGUCGAAGAGAUUGUAUCAGUAUCCAGUCGAGAAUCAGCACAUGAAGAGAUGGAAUCUGACGACCAAAUUGAUCGGGUAUUGACACCUGGAGCUAGUGCUAUCGAAGCAGUCAACGUUUCCAGUCCUGAGUCAAUUCAUGGAGCACCUGAACCGGAAACCAUAUCUAGCGAUGAGCAAGAUGUUGCUGAUGUGUCAUCUAGCAAAGAUUCAUCCAUUAUGGAGGGCUGCUCUUAAUUUUCUUAAUAUGUCAGUAUUAAUUUGGUCCAUAGUGAGCAUGAUUGUAAAAAUUUUUAACUUUGUGUCGAAGAAAUUUGCUUAUAUAAUCUGCUUUUGAAGUAUAGACCUAUUUUCGGUCUCCUAUAAGUGCA